AUGCCCACUGAGCAGCAGAUCUUCGAAGACUUCCUGUUUGAGGCUGCUGCCACAUCGACCGCAGUCGCAUUGCAAGUGUUGGACUUCGGCUGUGGAGACGGACGGUAUCUACAGCAGUUCUUGCGCAGCGCAGAGGCGCUUCGCACCCGUGGAAGAGUACUACGGGUGGUCGCUUACGAAGUUUCAGCAGAGGCCCUGAGAAGUUUCCACGCACAGGAACCCAAGCUGCAAAUAACCUUCCACUGCCCCUUGGAGCGAUGCCCCUAUGCAGGCACUCCAAGAGGGCCUAGAGAAGACAGAAGGGCUGCGGAAGGUGGGGGAAAGCAAUCGCAUCGGUUCAUGCUGGCCACCUCCGUGCGCAUAAGGACGAUGUACAGCUAG